AUGAAUGGCAGCACACAGGGUCUCUGUGCUCCGGCAACCAAUGGAGGAUGCGCGAGGGUGCUUGAAAUGGCAGAUUUAUUCCUCUGUUCCUGCUCCUCCUCUUACCUCCCUGUUCUGUUCCCUGAAGGCAUAAGACGAGAGAAGAAAGAUGAUCUACAGCCAGGCGAUUCCUCCCAGGCACUCUUCGAGGUUGGCAUUCAUGUCUCCAGAGGGGAUAGGAAGAAGAGGAUUUGUGAGUCAUGCACGAGGGGCAGAACUCAGAGCUCCUGCGCAAACUUGAUAAUCAGAUGUAGAUCACAAGAACAAUCAGCUAGUGCCCCCGACAUCGGAUCCAGGACUUAUGUCCACAUUGGUGUGACAAAGAACAGCUUCACUUUUGCUGCUCUUAGCAAUGCAUGUGUACCUGAAAAUGAGGCUGGUCAGUGUGAAGGCCUCUUGAAUGCAGUUUCUAAGCAUGUCGACGCCUUUUGUCGAUUUUCUAGACCACAUACUGUGAUUGGCACGGUCAUAGGGAUAGUAUCAGUCUCUCUUCUUCCAGUAGAAAGUAUUGCUGAUAUAUCUCUGAUAUUUUUUUAUGGACUGCUGAAGGCAUUGCUUCCAGCUAUCUUCAUGAAUAUUUAUGUUGUGGGGCUGAAUCAGUUGUUCGACAUUGAAAUCGAUAAGGUUAAUAAACCAAGACUUCCGCUAGCUUCUGGGGAAUUCUCCCUGGAAAUUGGAAUAGCGAUAGUAGCUCUUUGCUGUGUCCUGAGUUUUGCUUUGGGAGUGAAGUCUCAGUCCCCUGCCAUACUAAGUGCCUUGCUCAUCAGCUUUUUCCUUGGAAGUGCAUAUUCCAUCAAUCUUCCAUUUCUUAGAUGGAAACAGCAUGCCUUUCUUGCUGCUUCUUGCAUUCUGUGUGUCAGGGCCAUUGUGGUCCAGCUAGCCUUCUUCAUACACAUGCAGAGAUAUGUAUUAGGAAGGCCGAUCGCUCUAACAAAAUCAGUGGUCUUCGCGACGGCCUUCAUGUGUUUCUUCUCAGCUGUCAUAGCUUUGUUCAAGGAUAUCCCUGAUGUCGAUGGGGAUAGAGAUUUUGGCAUCCAUUCUUUCAGCGUUCGUCUGGGCCAAGAGAAAGUGUUUUGGCUGUGCAUCAAGUUACUUCUAACAGCAUAUACCACAGCCCUUGCGGUAGGAGCUUCGUCGUCAAACACAUACCGGAAAAUAGUGACUGUGAUUGGCCAUGGUUUCCUUGCUUUCAUCCUUUGGUUUCGCGCACAAUCACUCGAUGUCGAGAACAAGGUAUCCGUUACCUCCUUCUACAUGUUCAUCUGGAAGCUUUUCUAUGCGGAAUACUUGUUAAUUCCUUUCAUGCAGUAA